AUGGGAAAUCUUGCUGCUGCCUAUGACAUUAUGGUUCACUGUAAUGGGAACAAAAUCAAGAUUCCAAAUGUGGAUUCAACUGGCUAUAUGUACAUCUCCUUGCUACUUGACGUGACUAAGAAGGCAUUGAGUAAAAUGCCUGGCAAUGUUAAUAUGUUUAUUGACACUGAUGAGGAAGUAGUUGAUGAUAGGGCAGUAGAUGCAUAUAGUGAGGACAGUGACACUAAUUUUUCUGAUUUUGAGGACAAUGAGGCUCUUGUUGUGGUUCCUGAUACUGAAUCUGAGGAAGAAAAUGAUCCUAUAAAACAAGUAAUGAGACACAAAAUAUGGAUUUACAAUAGUAAAGAUGAGAUAGACUUUCAAAAGGGUCAAUUAUUCACCAAUGUGAAUGCCUUCAGAGUUGCAUUGAAAGACUAUAUCAUUCAAAAAGGCUUUCCUAUUUUGAGAUUAAAGAAUAAGAAGAGUCGAGUCACUGCUGUCUGUGAUGUUGAGGGAUGCCAAUGGAGAAUUCAUACUUCACCAGUGGCUGAUUCAGUCACUUUUCAGAUUAAAAGCUAUCAGCCAGAACACAUUUGUGUUAUGGACAAACAAUGUGCUGAGACCACAUCUGACUGGAUGGCCAAGAAGUUGGUCUCUGUUAUAAGGGAUCAUCCUAAUAUGACCAGUAAAGAGGUAGAGGCAGAGUUGCUUAAAUAUGCUGAGCUGAUAAGAAAGCAUAAUCCCAAUAGCAUAUGCAAAAUAUAUUAUGAUAGGCCAAAUCUCUUAGUUGAGCCUGCCUUCCUAAGAAUCUUUGUCAGUUUCAGAGCACAAAAGUUAGAAUUUCUGGAAGGGUGUAGGCCUUUUGUGGGGUUUGAUGGUUGUUUCUUGAAGGGUUCGUUUGGUGGUGUAUUGCUUACAGCAGUUGCAUUGGAUGCAAAUAACAUCAUAUUUCCUUUACCCUUUGCUGUAGCUGAAUGUGAGAGCAAGGAUACUUGGAGGUGGUUCUUCUACUAUUUUUUUGAGUUUUUUGGACCAUUUGAUCACAGUAAACCUUUAACAUUCAUGAGUGAUAGGCAAAAGGGAUUGAAUCUUGCAUAUGAGGAGAUGAUUCCUGAGGCAGUUAAAAGGCAUUGCUGCAGGCAUAGAUACAGCAACUUUAAGAGUCAAUUUUCAGGUAUCUUAAUUAGCAGUUUCUUUUGGAAGGCAGCGCAAAGCUAUGAUGCAAUAGGACAUAAUGAUGCAAUGGUUAGCAUUAAAGACAUUAACAUAAAUGCUUGA